GAGACCAACACGUCUCCUGAAUAUUCAUGAUUGUGUCUCCGAACGUCAGGACGCAGCGGCGGCUCUUCCCUCCCUGACAGAGAGCGGAGAGGCUGGGAAGAGGAGGGAGACAGCAUGCCAGAGUCCGGUUGCAUCUCUCCCACUGCAUAUGAGGGCAAAUCUGCUCUCAACUCAUCCUGCUCCGCACCGCCGACAACGGGGACAACAAUGGACUGACGGAAAGACAACCGCGGGGCGAGAAGAGACACGGCGGGGGGGAGCAGACAGCGCGGGAGAGAAACGCCGCCUUGUUUUUGAAGCGUGCACAUAUUUAUCCGGACAUAAGCUCCUUCGGGUUCACAUUUGCAGAGCGGGACGGAUCGAGCGAGCACAACGCCUUUGAAAACGGGGGAUGUCAGAGCCGAGCGGCGUUAGCAGGAGGGUGCUUCGAUGCGAGCGGUUAUUGCAGCGCACCUCCUGGAAGAUGGACCAGACAUAUUGGGGCUAAGGAACUGGCGACUUAUCACGUUGCGGAGGAGAGAUGUUUUGCAACUGCCGUAGGCUGCUCUAGAGGAUGAAUGCCUUCCCUGGCGUCGUUUGGCGUUUGUAAUAUGUAGCUCCAGCGACGGCAGAGCGUGUGCAGCUGUUUCUCGGCCAGUGAAGCCCGUAAAGAAAGCGUCGCUCGCCGGCUGGAGUCGAGCACCGUGGCCGCCAGCAACCUCUCCCGACCUCGGAGCUCCAUGUGACGGGCGCGAUGCCCCGCUAAAGAAGUGAGCGCAGCCCGCUGAGCUGUCCGUGGUGCUGAACGGAUCCGCCAGCUCCUCCGGGGGGCUCUUAACGAGUUGACCUCCCCCCCCAGCAGAAAAUCCCCCUCCAGGAAUACACAGUAAGGUGGCAAAGCAGGCCACCGCACACGGACAGCUGCUGGGCUUGACUGAGUCGGCCGGACAAUAUUCUUCUUUCAUGGCUGUGGCACGCAAAAUCAAAACUUUGCUGACCGUCAACAUUUUAGUGUUUGUGGGGAUUAUCCUGUUCUCGGUCUACUGCAGGAUCCAGGACCGAUCCGAGGAGCUCAUCCAGAUAGGGCGUAUUUCUGACCAGAGGCUGCGAGCCAGGAAUGGCAAAGUUUCCAACUUGGUGGACAGGCAGUCUAUUCUCCAGAGGCUGGAGAGGCUGGAGGAUGUGGUCUACAACCAGCUGAACGGUUUAGCGAAGCCCAUGGGGCUAGUUGAAGGACCCGGAGGCCUUGGCCAAGGGGGAGCUGCUGCCACUCUGGGAGAGGACAGUCAUGAUGCCGAGGGGAAAUACGAGGAGUACGGUUACAACGCUCAGCUCAGUGACCGCAUCUCCCUGGACAGGAGCAUCCCUGACUACAGGCCUAAAAAGUGUAAGCAGUUGACGUACCCAGAGGACCUUCCUCAGAUCUCUGUGGUCUUCAUCUUUGUGAACGAGGCACUGUCAGUGAUCCUGCGCUCCGUCCACAGUGUGGUCAACCACACUCCCGCACACUUGCUGAAGGAGAUCAUCCUGGUGGACGACAACAGUGACAGCGUGGAGCUGAAAUUCAACUUGGACCAGUAUGUGAACAAACGCUACCCAGGCUUGGUAAAGAUUGUGAGGAACAGCAAGCGGGAGGGCCUGAUCAGGGCCAGAAUACACGGCUGGAACGCAGCCACGGCUCCUGUCGUCGGCUUCUUUGAUGCCCACGUCGAGUUCAACACCGGCUGGGCUGAACCUAUUCUGACCCGGAUGAAGGAGGAUCACACCCGCAUCAUCCUGCCCGCCAUAGACAACAUCAAGUACAACACGUUUGAGGUGCAGCAGUACGCCAACGCCGCCCAUGGCUACAACUGGGGUUUGUGGUGCAUGUACAUCAUCCCUCCGCAGGAGUGGCUGGACAAGGGCGAUGAGACGGCCCCUAUCAGAACUCCAGCUAUGAUUGGCUGCUCCUUUGUGGUUGAUCGGGAAUACUUUGGCGAGAUUGGUCUUCUGGAUCCUGGCAUGGAGGUCUACGGAGGCGAGAACAUUGAGCUCGGCAUGCGGGUGUGGCAGUGUGGAGGAAGUAUGGAAGUCCUGCCGUGCGCCAGAGUGGCUCACAUCGAGCGCACCAAGAAGCCCUACAACAAUGACAUAGAUUACUACGCUAAGCGCAAUGCCCUCCGGGCUGCUGAGGUAUGGAUGGAUGAAUACAAAUCCCACGUCUACAUGGCCUGGAACAUUCCCAUGAACAACCCGGGGGUAGAUUUUGGGGAUGUCUCGGAGCGCCUGGCCCUAAGGAAGAGGCUGCAAUGUCGGAGUUUCCGCUGGUACCUUGAACACGUCUACCCGGAGAUGCGGAUCUACAACAACACCAUCACAUACGGCGAGGUGAGGAACAGCAAAGCUAGUGGUUACUGCCUGGACCAGGGCUCUGAGGACGACGACAAAGCCAUCCUCUACCCCUGCCACGGCAUGUCCUCCCAGCUCGCCCGCUACUCUACCGAGGGCCUUCUCCAGCUAGGGCCCCUGGGGUCGACCACCUUCCUGCCCGACACAAAAUGCCUCGUUGAUGAUGGCAGAGGACGUACUCCCAGACUGAAAAAAUGCGACGCCAUUUCAAGGAUUUCCCAGAGGCUUUGGGACUUUACACAGAAUGGUCCAAUCAUCAGUAGGGACACUGGUCGAUGCUUAGAGGUAGAGAUGUCUAAAGAUGCCAACUUUGGUCUUCGCCUGGUGGUCCAGAGAUGCUCUGGUCAGAAAUGGAUGAUACGAAACUGGAUUAAGCAUCCCAGGCAUUGAAGCCAGAGAACAACCUUUGAGACAGUUUGGGCAGUUUUUCAAGUCGCAGUUGGAUUUCAAAUGUUGGACAGUUCAGAGGGGAGAGAGGACUGGUGAUGCUAGUGUGUGGUAUUUCACACAAACAGACUGUACUGCACACUAAGCUUCCCUCAGGCCACAGAGCUUCGUAACACUGAGUCUUGAAGAAGAAUAUGAUCAAUUCAAGUGUUCCACUGAGCUGUGCGUUCACAGAGACCUUACGGCAAGCUGCGCUGUUUGAAAUGGCCCACAUUUCUGACAUUCAGCUACAUGUAUAGAACAGAGAAACAAGACACCUGAGUGCAGCCCCUGAAGGUGGUUUGAGAUCCUAGCAACUCUUUUGUUUCUACUGUAAACUAAACUAUCAGAUCUUUGAAGGUGAGAAAGCCUGUGUGUGUGUGUGUGUUUUUCUUUUUCCUGAGUGCGUCUGAGCAAAUUAAAAGAUAUAAUUACUGUCAAUUGCCACAUCAAAAUGGUUAUUUUGGGUUGUGAUUUGGAAAAUUGCUUUAGACAUAUUACGCUGCCCUGACAAGACAUGUAACAGGCUUCGAGGCUGCCCAUCAUCUGACAGGGAGGCAUUUCACCUGCACUCACACAAACCACUACAGUUCUUUGUUUCUUUGGACUGUAUUGCUCACUGUGGACAGGAGCAAUCAUGUGCCUUUUUUCUCAUUUUUCUGCUUAAUCUGACCAGGGAAUGUCAGUCCCAAAAGCAUGUACAAAAUUAUUUGAGAAUUAUUAAUAUAUAAAACAAUGUAUAAAACAGUCUAAUGAUAGUAAUAUAUUGUAAAAAGUGAAAAAUUGAUAUCCGUCCUCUGAUAACAAUUAGGAUAAUAAAAUCAUUUUUAUGAUGA